AUGGACAGAAAGUGUGAGACCACGGGCUUCAUCCUUGACCACGUGGAGGCUAAAGUGGUGAACCCGUCGACGGGGCAGGUGGUCCCUCUGGGGGAGCUGGGGGAGGUGAUGAUCCGAGGCUUCUGCGUGAUGCUGGAGUACUGGGAGGACAAGGCCAAGACAGAGGAGUGCAUCUCCAAAGACGGCUGGUACAAGACCGGGGACAUUGGCAGCUUGGACGCUUACAGCUAUCUGCGAAUCGAAGGCAGAAUCAAAGACAUGAUCAUCAGAGGAGGAGAGAACAUUUAUCCUGCUGAAAUUGAGCAGUUUCUUCACACUCACCCAAAGGUCAAAGAGGCUCAGGUGGUCGGAGUGAAGGACGAGCGAAUGGGUGAGGAGGUCUGUGCUUGUAUCAAGCUGGUUGACGGACAGGAAUGCUCCGCAGAGGAAAUCAGAGCUUUCUGUAAAAAUAAUAUUUCCCACUUCAAGAUUCCCCGAUAUGUUCUUUUCGUCACCAGCUACCCACUCACAGUUACUGGAAAGAUCCAAAAAAACAAACUCCGUGAAGUGGCGGAGGAACAACUCGGGCUGAAGUGA